AUGCCUGAGGAAUUCCAGCCUACGUCGGACCGACUUGCUUUGGCUGAGGAAAGGCGACUCAGAAAAGAGAAGCGAAUGCGAGAUAUAGCCAAGGAACUUGAUGAGAGUGGCCGCAUACUGCCCAGGGAAUGGAUCACUCUCCAAGAAGCCCCCAUCUCAGACAAGACAGUCGGGGGUGUCAAGGUUAUGACCUGGAAUCUCCUCGCACAAUGUCUCGCCGCGAGCUCUUCCCGACUAGUGACUGUCUCAAGGCAAGCCAACGAGAACAUAUGCUUUAUCGCGAAAUUUUGUCGCAUGACGCAGAUAUAUGCUGCCUACAGGAAUGCCAUUUAUUGUUUCUUGAAUGGUGAUCGUUCUUCUGAACUCAUACAGGAAGUGGACAGACUUGAAAAAUUACUACCCGUCCUGGAAAAGUCGGGAUAUGCUUGGGUGUAUGCCUCUGGGCGCCGAAAGAAGCACGGAUGUCUUAUUGCAUUCCGAAAAGACGCGUACACGCUCCUCGAAGAGAAAGUCGUAUACUAUGACGAGCAAGAUGUCCGUCCUGAUGGCACGGAGAGGGCGCAGCGUGGAGGCAGCUUUUGGACGAAAAACAUUGCAUCCAUGGUGCGCCUCCAGCGAAAUGGCUUACAAUCGAACGGCGUGAUAGUGGCGACCACUCAUUUAUUCUGGCACCCAUCAUAUACAUAUGAACGCGCGAGGCAGGCAGCUAUUCUGAUGCGAGAGGUCACUAAAUUCAAGGCCUCUGGCUCUUAUGGAACUCAGGACUGGCCCUGCAUAAUUGCCGGCGAUUUUAACUUCUCGCCUGACGAUCCUGCAUAUUCGUUGAUAGUCGGCGAUACACUUCUUCCAAUCCAAGACGCGAGGCUGGCUGCAUCGCGUGUCGUACACGUAACCAUUGACCCAGAAGUAUCCACAGUACCGAAUGCCAACCCAGCGGAAGACGAAGCGGAUGUCGGGGGCGAAACGGACCCAGACAGAGUGAUCACUAAUGCUCGAUCAGCGAUGCCGGCGGACGGUCUCUUGUCCUCUACUGAAUUGGUCGACAUGUUCCGCCAGUCUGGUACUCCAAACAGUGUCUAUGAUACCGGUUCUCGAACAUGUCCGAGCCUUGCGGAAGAUGGUUUUGCUUAUGGUAAUAGAGAACCUGUGUCCCCAGGCAAACUGGGAGCAUACGAGCCUGUUUGGACCAGUUACACCCACUACUGGAAGACCGUGCUGGAUUAUAUUUUUGUCCUGCCUCCUCAUAAUCACGAGAUGGUCGUUACAAAGAUUGCUAAGCCGCAUCGCACCGAGGCACUUCAACCGGGGAUCCCGCGGAAAGGUGUUUGCGGGAGUGAUCAUAUCUCUCUCGGCGCUGAAUUGUUUUGGACUGCGUCCACAUGA